UCCUGUCAAGAACAAGCCCCAAGUACUGAGCUCUAGGUAGGAGUUUCUUUCUGACAUCACUGGCCGUUGAAUGAGAAGAAGCAAGGUUUAGGGUUUGGUGAACAAACUACGCCCAGCAAUAACACAAGAAAGAAAACGACGUAUGGUGUAUCUGAGGAUUUCAACAUACUCCUGGACAUGGCAGGGCAUUACGGACUGAUUGUGGUGCUCUGUACAGGACUGAUAGUCUUGACCAAAUGUAAUGGAUUGACAACUGACUCAAACAAAACCGCAACUGCACCUGAAGGCAACACAGCUCCAGCGUUUCCUUCAACCACCUCACCUCCACGCACCAGUACCAGCACUCUCCCACUCACCCAGCCCAAUUCCAUCCACACACCAGUCACAACUGCAACCUUACCCGCAUCCAUACCUGACGGCAAUAGCCCAACCACAGCCUUUUAUUCAACCCCCUUACCUCCACACACCAGCCUUCCACUCAUCCACUCAUCCAUCCAUGUCACCCACGCACCAGACAAUCAAUCAACUACACUUGCACGCACCUCUACAAAUCUUACCCCCACGUCAUCCUAUCUCUCCUUCUCUACAGGAUCGGAAAAUUCUAGCCAAUCAUCCACCCACUCAGUCACCACUGACCCUGCAAGCACCACGCCUACCACACCUGCACUCAAUACUACUGGUUCAGUGACAGCCCCAGUUCCCUGUGCUGGCUACAGAAAUGAAACAAUACCAUUUGGAAUUAAAAUCAUCACCCCUUCAGAAGGAAACUAUACAAUAAAGUAUGAGGAUGGUACCUUGGAGACAUUCUUUGGUUCAUCUCACACAAUAAUGAGGCUUUGCGCUAGCAACAUAACUAUAAAUGUAAACAAUUGCACUCUCAAACCAGAUGAUUACAAUGAUGCUUAUAAACUCACAAUAGAAUUCGACUCUUCCACAAUGAAAGUGUGCCGUACGCCUACGCCUUUGAUGACCCGUCAUGACAUAUUGUUUUAUGUUAAUGGCACAAAAGUACAGGACUGCUACAACAUAAGUAAAGCAGCGUACUGCUCCUCUGUUGAAGCAUCAAUAACUUCAGCUGAAUGUAAUCUAACAAAAUCAAAACAAAUAGAAAUAGCCCCAGGUUUAGACGAUAUUAAGAUUAAACAAAUUGGAAAAUGGCCAGUGAACAUAAGCAAGACAUGGCCAUCUCAAUGCAGUAAUGAAGCUGAUCAGAACGUGAACAUCAGUUGUGGAAGUACAACAAAAUCGGGUAAAUACACGGAAGAAGAACUAAGACUUUUUCAGACGUACCAGUGCAAUGCAACGGUACUGUACAAAGGAAAACCAAUUCGCCCCCAAACAAUAAAAAAGAUAGAAAUUGACACAAAUUGUGAUGUAAUCCUAAUCAACACUAGGCAAAAUAUCUCAAAUUAUUCUGCAAAACUAUCUUGGGAAAUAAGCUCCGAAAAAUGCCCCAAACUUUUAAGUGACCUGGAAUACAAAAACUCUUGCAAAUAUCAUUUUAAGGAAGACUCUAUAGACUCUGUGGAAUCCAAUAACACUGAAUUCAAUUUCACCAGUCUAACGCCAUACAGAGAGUACGAACUCUCUUUCAGACUUCAAUGCUAUAACAAAAAUAUUAACAAUUCUGUGAUAAAAAUCAAGACAGCGCCUGGGAAACCUGAAGCAGAAAUAACAACAAAACCAAGGCCUAUCCCAAAGUCUUCAAACUCUUUUACUAUAAAAUGUGAUUUUAAUGUCAACUGGAAUGGACCAAAAAAAUCCUAUUAUGCAGAGUUAAAACGAGAUGGCAAAACAGAAAGAACAAAAAAUGAGACUGAAUGUCAUUUUGUAUUCGAGGACCUCUCAUAUUCAACCACGUACACUUUAGUGAUUGGAGCUCACAAUGGAAUAGUUGGAAAAGACUUGGUUAAUCUGGAAUAUGCAACCAGUUACAAUGAAAGUGUCCUGAUUGGAUUCCUGGCAUUCCUCAUCGUUCUCAUGUCUUGCGCCCUCCUGUUUGUGCUAUAUAAAAUAUAUUUACUUCGGAAGCGCAGAUCACACGACAUUGAUGAACAGACAGAGCUUAUCCAGAUAAAUGACGAAGAGUGCCUAAUGCACAUUGAACCAAUCACAGCGGAGCUUCUCCUGGACACCUACAAGAGUAAGAUUGCAGAUGAGGGACGCCUGUUCCUGGCUGAAUUCCAGAGCAUCCCAAGAGUUUACAGCAAAUGCUCAAUCAAAGAAGCCAGAAAACAGUGCAAUCAGGCCAAGAACCGUUAUGUUGACAUCCUACCAUAUGAUUUCAAUCGUGUUCAACUGUCCGCUGUGAGUGGAGAAGCAGGUUCUGACUACAUUAACGCAAGCUUCAUAGAUGGUUACAAAGAGGCUAAAAAGUACAUUGCAGCCCAAGGGCCCAAGGACGAGACAGUGGUUGAUUUCUGGAGAAUGAUUUGGGAGCAACAGUCCUCUAUAAUUGUAAUGGUGACUCGAUGUGAGGAAGGAAACAGGAACAAAUGUGCUCAGUACUGGCCAUCCAUGGAGAGAGAGACUGAAAUCUUUCAAGACUUUGUUGUGAAGAUCACUGGAGAAGACUGCUGCCCUGAUUACAUUAUUCGACAUCUCACAAUCAUCAAUAAAAAGGAAAAGAGUGCAGAGAGAGAGGUGACCCACAUCCAGUUCACCAGCUGGCCUGACCACGGAGUCCCAGGAGAGCCCCACCUUCUGCUCAAACUGCGACGCCGAGUCAAUGCUUUCAAGAACUUCUUCAGCGGACCAAUUGUGGUACACUGCAGCGCUGGAGUGGGCCGCACUGGCACGUACAUCAGCAUUGACGCCAUGAUGGAGGGUCUGGAGGCCGAGGGCAGGAUGGACAUUUACGGAUAUGUGGUCAAGCUCCGUCGCCAGCGGUGCCUCAUGGUCCAAGUCGAGGCUCAGUACAUCCUGAUUCACCAGGCUCUCAUUGAGCAUAACCAGUUUGGAGAGACGGAGAUAUCCCUCUCAGAGCUUCAUACCAGCCUCGCCACCCUAAGACAGAAGGACAAUUCAUCUGACCCCACACUUCUGGAGGCAGAGUUCCAGAGACUGCCAAGGUACAAAAACUGGAGGACAUGCAAUACAGGACUGAAUGAGGAGAACAAGAAGAAAAACCGUUACUCUUCUGUUAUCCCAUAUGAUUACAACCGGGUGCUGGUAAAACUUGAGGAGGAGAACAGCCGUGACAGUGAACAGGACGAGGAUGAAGAAUAUUCCUCUGAUGAGGAUGAUGAUGAUGACUCCACAAAGUACAUCAAUGCAUCUUACAUUGACGGCUACUGGGGCCAGAGAGGUCUGAUUGCUGCUCAAGGACCACUUUCAGAUACCAUCACAGACUUCUGGAAAAUGAUAUUCCAGAAGAAAGUAAAAACCAUAAUCAUGCUCUCUGAGUGCACAGAGGGAGGGAAGGAUUUCUGCUCACCAUACUGGGGAGAUGAGAAGAAGCUGUUUGAUGAGAUCGAGGUAGAAGUGGCAACCUGCGAAAGUACUCCCGCAUACAAAAUCCGCUCUAUUGAGAUACGCCACACCAAGAGGAAAGAGAAUCGCAAAGUGUACCAGUACCACUACCAGAAAUGGGCUGAGCGGGACCUUCCGGAGAACCCCCUGGACCUGGUCGACAUUAUAAAAGAUGUCAAGCAGAAGUGUGGCUAUGGCAACAGCAUACCUGAUAGAACUAUGCCGAUCGUCGUGCACUGCAAUGACGGGUCAUCGCGGACAGGGAUCUUCUGUGCUCUGUGGAACAUUCUGGAUAGUAUGGAAACAGAGAAGCUGGUCGACGUGUUCCAGGUGGCCAAAGCCCUGCGCAAGGAGAGGCAGGGGAUGAUCAGCAGCUUUGAGCAAUACCAGCUUCUGUACGAUGUGGUGGAGAAGGCAUUCCCCGCUCAGAACGGAGAAGUGAAGCCAAGCCCUGCCGACUCUGUGGAGCUGGUGGAUGAGAAGACGGGCAAAGCAGACGCAAACAGUGUGCAGCCUGAAGCCAGCACUGCCCAAGAUGUCCAGCAGGGGGCCGACACCGAGGAGAAAAAGGAGCCCACCAGUCUAACCAAAGAAGAAGAACCUGGCAGCGCCACUGAAAAGGCCCCUGAGGCAAGCUCCUCCAAUGGUCCCUCUGGUUUAGUAGAGGUGUAAAAGAAAGCGUUUCCUGUGUGUGAGUUUAUAUAUGUGUACAAUCAUGUUGUUUUGAUCUUAAUUUCACUGAGUUGGGGCAGCGUUGUAAUGUACAUGAAAUACGUAUAAGUGUUUUUUUUAUUAUUGUUUUCUGCAAUUAAAGCAAAGUUAAUGAAUGUAAAUGGUAUGCAAGACCAGGUUUUCUUGUCAAUGACAAAAUGAUGACAAGGUUAAUUAAGUCUUUUUAGUAAACAUAAUCAACAAUGGUUACUGUAACUAAAUUAUAAAGUAUAUAUGAUGACAUGAAGUCUAAUUUGGUAUAGAAAGUAUGUAUAUCACUAUAAAAUGACAUUUGGGUAAAGUUCAAAUACAAAUAAAUUUACUCCUUUGCACUACCAUGAUAUUAUCAAACUAUUUUAUUUGUCUUUUCAUAUGGCUUAUAAAUGUGUGGCUACAGUUUGAAAAGUUGUAAAACUAAAAAUAAAUAUUGAGCUUCAUUUUCCUCCAUGUAUUUGUAUGUUAAUAUUAGCAAUAGAAAUUUAAGAAUUUGUGUCAACAUUUCAGUUCAUUCUGUGCUAGGAAUGUGCAUUUUCAAGGAUUAAUAAAUAAUGCUUUUAUUGUUA